UGUGUUUCGUUACAGCCCCGGUUGGUCCGCCAUCUUUGUCGGCUACCCCAUUGUUCACUCUGGAGCUAACAGCGGUGGUAAAUCAGUUCAUUCUGCGCAAUAAAAUAACUUGACGGUGUCACAGGCAGCUGCCCGCGACAGUCGUGGAUUUGCUCUCAGGGUAGCGACUUGUUCUCGGCCAGCAGGUGAAACAGAAUGGACGAUGACCAGCCCAAAACCCUAUAUGUGGGGAAUCUUUCCCGGGACGUGACGGAGGCCCUUAUCCUGGAGUUAUUCGGCCAGAUUGGGCCCUGCAAGAGCUGUAAAAUGAUAGUAGAUACAGCAGGUCAUGACCCGUACUGCUUUGUGGAGUUCUAUGAACAUAGACAUGCCACUGCCACAAUCGCAGCGAUGAAUGGUCGGAAAAUACUGGGUAAGGAGGUGAAGGUCAACUGGGCCACGACUCCAACCAGCCAAAAGAAAGACACAAGCAGUCACUUCCAUGUCUUUGUUGGAGAUCUAAGUCCUGAAAUCACCACAGAUGAUAUAAAAGCGGCUUUUGCUCCAUUUGGGAAAAUAUCGGAUUGUCGCGUGGUGAAAGACAUGGCCACAGGUAAAUCUAAAGGCUAUGGCUUUGUCUCCUUCUUCAACAAAUGGGAUGCAGAGAAUGCCAUACAGCAGAUGGGAGGACAGUGGCUGGGAGGCAGGCAGAUCAGGACCAACUGGGCCACAAGGAAACCUGCUCCCAAAUCUACCAACGAAACAACCAAUACCAAGCAGCUAUCGUUUGAUGAGGUGGUGAGUCAGUCCAGCCCCAGCAACUGCACUGUCUACUGUGGAGGAGUCACAACAGGCCUCACAGAGCAAAUUAUGAGACAGACUUUCUCACCUUUCGGACAAAUAAUGGAAAUUCGUGUUUUCCCAGACAAAGGUUAUUCAUUUGUGAGGUUUAACUCCCAUGAAGCAGCAGCUCAUGCCAUAGUUUCUGUUAACGGCACAUCCAUAGAAGGAUACGUUGUGAAGUGUUACUGGGGUAAAGAAACCACAGACAUGGUCAGCCCGAUGCCGCAAGUACAAAUGCCACAGCAGAGCACGGUGAGCUUCCCAGCGCAGCCUUACAGUCAGUGGGGUCAGUGGUACAGUAACACACAGCAGAUUGGUCAGUAUGUGCCCAAUGGAUGGCAGAUGCCCAGCUAUGGUGUUUAUGGGCAGACCUGGGAUCAGCAGGGCUACAAUCAUUUACAUGCUGGUGCCGGAUGGACAGGAGUGGGCGCAGUGAGCAACGGAGGCAUGGUGGAGCCCGGGCAGGGAGUGAACGGGACGGUGCUAACCAAUCAGGCUGGCAUGAGCACCGCCGGCUACCACACCCACUGAUCACUGGUCACAGUAGCCCCCCCCCCUCAUAGCCUCUGAGGCUACAAGGAUCACACUCUGGAGAGGAAGGAGUGCAUUAGAUGUGCUCUCUCUGUCUGUUAAUACACCAAAUUAUUCUGUUAGGCAGGCUGGUGCGCCAUUUUAUCGCUUUUACCAGCCCAUAACCUCACCCACUGCCCAAAAUGAUACUAUCCACUCCCCAACACUUUGUUAGAACAGCUAAUGCACUUUGCAUUCCUGGGCCCAUUUUAUUAUUUGGUCUGUUUUUCUAUCGCCUGCAGGUAACUGGCCAGAUGUAAAUUAUUUCAUGUGAUAUCAGCAUAUUUCUAGCACAGCCACAGUUUAGUUGAAAUGUUGAUAAAUCUAUAUGAAAAUGUUUGUUUUCAGCCCCUCAGAGCCAAAGAGCAAGGGCAGAAUUUUAUACUGAUGUUCAACAAUUGUACAGGGACGAGAGGCGGCAAACUUUGCCACAGAAAGUACACGAUAGUCCACAGUAGUGCAACACAGCCACAUAAGAAUUACUGUGUAAGGGAUGUGAUUUUUAAUUUCUUGCUCUCACUGUUGGUCUGUCCACCUCUUACUGAAGUAAAAUAGAAGUCCAGGCAGAUUCUCAGGGUGUUGCUAAGUAAUUCUGUGAAAUGUAGGAAAUCACUGAGUAGGAGGAAGGCAGUUUGAGGGAAAGUGGAUAACAAAACAAGUCAAAUGUCAGAGCUCCCCUCACUUCAUCUCCCAGAACGGACUGAGCAGACAGAGUCCAGUCUGGAUCAGAAAUGUGUGUGCUUAACGUGUGCGCGCGUGUGCAUGAACUGAUGCUUUUACACACAAGACGACGCUCAGUUUAUCUUCCCCCUUAAACAGAAAGGACUACACCAUGUUUUGUUUUGCUACAAAUAUAAUAGACAGUGUCAUUUUUUUGUUUUGUUUUUUUCUUUCUCUUUAAAAUGCUGAUGUUGUAUAAAGAGCUUUCGCCUUUUUGUGUUUCAUUCCAGGACUGUCCUAAGUUUGUUUGUAAUAGAUUAAGUGGCUAUCAACUGUCUACUCUAUUUUUUAAAUUAGAUUUUCAGUAUCUCAAAUAAACCAAUUGCAGGGAUUACUGCCACUCUUAUCUUACUUAUUGGCAGACAAAUAUUGCACAAAUAACUAAGGUUUAUCUUCACAAAAUUUGAAAUACUAGGGUCAUUUUAUUUUGUUCUUGCAUUCCAAUUUCUUUUGAAAUUUCAUUUGGGAGCCUGUUUUAUGUAAAUAUCCAGACAGUCUGUUCAAAUGUACCAAACCUGUAUAAAGACAACGUUUUAAUUGAGGAGGUGAGCUUGCUUCUGUUUGGGGAAUAGGUCCCAGAAGUGGCUGUUUGACAGUAGCAUCCCCGUCCAGUGCUGGUCCGUGUACAGUUAAGACAGUGCAUCAUUUGACUCUUCCAGCAGCUUGGAGGACAAGAAGCAUUGCUGUGUAAUGCAAAAUGCUUUAGAUCGACAAGUAACGCAUAAUUUAAGUUAUUCUGUUUUAAACCUGAGUUUUUAUAGACUAAAAACAAAACCAUACAAGGAUCAAAUUAUUGCACUGUGGCCACCGUUGUUUUAAUAUAGUUGAAAAAUCCAUUGUGUUGCCUUAUUAUCAGUGAGUUAUUUUUAAUUUAACCAAAAGUCAUCCAAGAGUAGGCGGUGCCUAAGAAUGUUUUCAACCCAUGUCUCGGCAAGUUCUGUUGAUGCUUCGGUAACAUGGCUUAUGUUUUUGCUUCGUCCCAUUAAAAUGCUGAUGCUUAAAAGGA